ACCAAAAAAAUAAGACGGCUGUUGUAGAGAUGUAGUUUUAGUUAUAGUUAUGGUAAAAAAAGGAUUUGCGGAAAAACCAUCUUCUACAAACAUAACUCCAACAUCAGAUUCUAAUAAAGAAAAUCCACAGGAUGAAAAGGAUGGUGUGUAUGUUCUCACAAACAAUUUCUCUCAGGAUUUCCAUGAACUUGCUAAACAAGCAGGAUUUCCAGAACUGCGAGUACUACCAAGGCCUGUCUGGCCUAUGUCAAAAUCUGUAAAUAGUGCAGGAUUUGAGAACGUUCAAGGAACAGCUAAAGAUAAAAAAGAAGAGUUAAAGGCGUACGAUAGGACCUUGUCGCAAUCCACCAACCAAAGCGAUACGGAAGGAACAACACCAUUGACGUUUUUAUUAAAAGAUAAAUAUAAUUAUUUUAAACCAUGUGUACAAGCACAGUUUGAAUCACACGAAGGAAAAUCGAUCGCAAAAGAGGUUUACAUCAGAGGAUGGAAAAUUGAUCAUCGCAUUAUGCAAAUAUUGAGUUUGACUCUACCUACACAAGAUAAACUCGUCAUUAUUGAUUUCAACGAUACAGGUUUAACGGAUGAUUUAUUAGAGAUUUUGGCUGUAACUGUAAAAUCUCUACCGUUGCUGAGAAAACUUUGUCUUGAUGGCAAUCCUGUUCACUUUCAACGUUACAAUGCCUUUUUAGCAGAAGAUAUCUUGAUUCAAAAUCUCUCCCUACGAAACUGCCUUAUCAAUGAUGAAGGAGCCAGUCAUAUUGCACAGUCUCUUCCGACAAACAAGCAUCUUCAAACGUUAAAUUUAUGUAUGAACAAAAUCUCUUGCGAAGGAGUCGCUGCGAUAGCUAAGGGUCUCAGAACAAAUAGAACGUUGCUGAGUCUUAAUUUAGGGUGUAAUUUGGUGAAAGACACAGGUGCUUCACUCAUGGCAGAAGUAAUUUCAAGGUUUGCUUUAAACCACGAUGAAACUGUAGCAAGACGCGUUCUCUUGUCGAAAAAAGUCAACGAAGAGCCGUCGUCAUCGACAAGAUCAUCAUAUCAUUUUAAAAAUGAAAGACCCCCUAGUGUUCGUAGUGGAAGUACGAUGUUGAAGGAACAGAGGAAAGAUAAGGGAAAAUCAGGAACAAAGAAGGACAAGAGGACAAUUCCUUUGAUAGAGGAUAAAAUCCAAAAGAAAGCUUCGUCAACGGACACGUCUAAAGACGUGGAUAGGAAGGGAUUGAGUGGGAUUGUAGAUCAAGAUAUUAAUGAUCCCGUAGAAUAUCCCAAUCCAUUGCUUGAACCUGUUGAAGAAAUUCAUGGAAAACUUUACAUUCAAGGAAACAGAGCUCUUAUUAACCUUAACCUUUCUGGAAACAAGAUCAGUGAAGUUGGCGUAAAAAGUCUUCUUGAAGCCAUACAACAUCAGAGUCAAUUAUUUUCUAGUCAUACAUCAAAAACAGUCGGUGUUGGAUUACUACGACUUUCAUUAAAGAGAAAUGAUUUUUCUAUGGACAGCAACAUAUUUCUGAGUCUACAAGAUUUAAUGUUAACACGAGAUCCGUUGUAUAAAGGUGAUCUUGUUUCUCAUGAUGGUUCAUUGAAGGAGAUUGAUUAAUUUCCCUUUGAAAGUUUGAAGCAACAGUCAUCAAGAUGCUAAAGAAUAUUUUAUCUUUCUCAAUGUUACGUAAAAAGUGUAGUUAUGACAAUGCAAGAAAGUUGUACAUAAUAUUUUGUCUUAACGUUUUUAUCUUAAAUACCACACUACAUAACGUUUUGACAAUACAGCAACGCCUUCCAAAAGCAAAAAAAUAUCGAUCGCACAUCUCAAAUGAGUAGCAACUCACAGACGACUAUGUUUUAAUAAAUCAUUGUGGAUUUUGAA